AUGGAUUGUUCUGCAGACGGUCUCUUGUCUAACUUGGAGCUCGUUCUCCACGCCCACGGUGUUAAGGGUCUUCAAGACCGCCUCCGGCACCUCGCAUCACUUCGAAGCCUUCCACUCGGAAAUUUCACCCUCGCCUCUGACCGUGACCGCUCUGCGCUCGUGUCUGCUGUGGCUCUUCGAGCGCAAGCCGCGAUGGGGAACAGCGAUCAGGAUUUAUUCGAGACUUCUCUCCACUGUCUCAGUGUCAUCUUAAGCUUCAUCUCCAUGGGAAAGGUCGAGCUUUGGUCUGAGGGAGAACCUCUCCCCGACGAGCUGGACAUGAUCCGCAAGACAUAUAUGAAUUCGCUUCAAGGCUCGCAUUUUACAACAUGGCCAUCCUAUUUUGUCGUCUUUCGCCUCGCGUAUCCUUCGAUGACAGAAUUCUGGGUCAAAUGGCUCCACGAAGCCUCUCUCGGCCUAGAGACGCCCUCGAGUACUAACCUCUGCACAUCCUUUCUCGAAUGUCUCUUUGACCAAUCCUCAGAAUGCCAAAAGAGUCUCGGAGGUCUUACUCUCAGUCAUCCAUCACCAAACAUUCGCCACCAGUUCGUAAGGAUUGCGUCUGGCCUAAUGAAGAAGCUCAGCUUCAAAAAGGUGGCAGGCUUCUGCUGCAUGCAGGGCGAAGUCGGGGUUAGGGAGAAGAAGCCGGUCCAUAGCUGA